CUGAGGGUCCCCGGGUGGACCGCCGGCAGCCCGCAGCGCGAGACACCACCGCUGCUGGUUUCGGAACGAGGGCACCACGUCGGCCGCAGCGAUCUCGCAAGCGUGCGCCGCAGAGGCCUAGCGGGGCAGCUCCAGGCGCCAUGCCGAAGGCCAUCCUGAUAAAUUCCGGCCGCCUCAAUUGGGAUGGCGCCCUGGAUUUGGGAAAGUUGGAGGCCGUCGUGGAGGUCUCCCAGAACGACCCAGACGCGUCGCCGGAGGAGAUCCUGAAGCUCGUGGACGGGUGCGACAUAGUCAUCUCCAAGGAGAUACCAGUCCCUGGCCACGUGAUCGAGCAGUUCCCACCGAGCGUUCGCUUGAUCCAGGAAGCAGGGACGGGAUUCAACAACGUCGACCUGGCCGCGGCAAAGGCCAAGGGCAUCACGGUCUGCAACUGCCCAGCGUACAGCAGCGACGCGGUGGCCCAGUUGGUGCUGACCUUCAUCCUCAAUUUCAGCUGUUCGAUGGUUCCGCAAAUGCGGAGCCUCGCCAAAGGCGACCGCACCAACUUCACCGAUAGGCUGAGGGUGCCCCACUUCGAGCUCGGAGGCAAAACCCUCGGCCUCAUCGGCGGCACCGGCGGCAUCGGAACUGAGGUGGCGAAGCUGGCGAGGGCGUGCGGCAUGAACGUCAUCUUCACCAGCAGAAGUCAGACGGGUCCCGACAUCAAGCCCUUGGAGGAGCUCCUCCAAGUCAGCGACUUCGUCAGUCUCCACUGCCCCUUCAACAGCGAGACAAAGUACAUCAUGAACAAGUCCACGCUCGGGCUCAUGAAGCCAACAGCAGAGCUUGCAGAAGUGCUGAAAAGUAACGGCAUCGCGGGGGCGGCCCUGGACGUGCAGGAGGUCGAGCCGCCUCCAGAGGCGAGCCCGCUGUACGCGCUGGAGAACGUGAUCCUCACGCCGCACAUCGGCUGGAAGCGCGUCGAGACGCGGCAACGCCUGAUGGACAUCGUCGCCGACAACGUGACCAAGUUUCUGGAAGGUGCUCCCGUCAACGUGGUGAGUGCUUGAGGAGGAUACGGAUUGUGAUUGGGAGGCGCAUGUUCGGAGAAGCCGCUCCCGAGGGUGGGGGGGGGCAAUCGAUCCAUAUCCUCUUACCCCCCCUUGAUUAUGCUCUUCCUGUCCGUCCUCCCUUUCCGUUCCUUUUUCCCUUUCUGCCUCUUACCCCUCGAGCUUUCACGUCUCCCCGUUUUCCCUCGAUCCUGCCUUCCCCACCCCCUCACCAACGCCUCUGCACCGCUUGUGCGACCACAGUCGUCCGCUGCGACGCGUUUGUUAGGUCUUGUGAUAGUGGGCCUUCUCAUCUAGUGGGCCUUUACGUGCUCACAGCUUUUCUACAGUUUUUCUUCAGUGCGCAACAGCGUCAGCCCAAUCGGCCGAUCUCGUCCGAUGUGGUGCUCUCGGUAUGGAAUAGUGCCGUGGGUUGCGAUUGGUAGAA